AUGAGAAGUCAUUUUGGGUUCAGUUAUAAAGAAGGCAUUUUAUUCGAAUCGUGGAAAACAAAUAAUGUUGGAGAGUUUAUUGGAUCAUGGAUUGCAAUUUUAUUAUUUUCAAUAUUUUACGAAUUUAUUAAAUCAUUAAGAACAAUACUAGAAAUCCGAUGGAGCAAAAACAAUAGUUCAAAUGGUAUCGAUAUACAAAGCAGUAAAAAUAUAGACGAAGAGAAAAACUAUAUUUCAUCCUCAUUUUUGGAUGGAUAUUACCCUCAAUUCACAAAAAAAGAUAUAAUUAGAGGUUUUUUGCAUGGCUUGGAAAUGACAAUGAGUUUAGUUUUAAUGUUAAUUAUAAUGGGUUUUAAUAUAGCAUUAUUUUUUGCAGUAAUCAUUGGUGUAAUUAUAGGGUAUAUUAUAUUUGGAAGAUUCCGACAAUAUAAACCAAAAACUUCAUGUUAA